CCAACAGGGAGGGGAAAGAGAGAAGGACAGGACCCAGAUACAAUGUAACAGUCUGUCUGCAGGCGCCAUGGACUUCAGGUUGUCUUCUCUACUUCUCCUCUUUGUGCAACUCAACAUUGUAACUUGUGGGGUCUUUCCAGAGCCGGACCAGAGUCUCAGGGUCCCUCAAGGGUGGCUGCCUGCAGGGCGCCUCUCCAGCAACGACUCCAUUGUCCUGACCUUUGCUCUGAAGCAGCAGAAUGUAGAUAAGUUGGAGGAUCUGGUGAGGAGAGUGUCCGAUCCUGACUCCCCCCAUUAUGGUCAGUUCCUGUCCCUGGAGACUCUCCAGUCCCUUGUGCAGCCAUCAGCCGAUACCCUAAGGACAGUGAAGACCUGGCUGGAGAAGCACGAAAUCCUAAACUGUGAUAGCAUUGUGACUGGAGACUUCUUGCAGUGCCAAACAGAUGCCAGAUCCGCAGAGAAGCUGCUGCCCGGAUCCCAAUUUAUCCGAUACGUGAAGGGGGAGAAAAGUGUCAUCAGAUCUAGUUCCUUGUACUCGCUGGAUCCCAAUGUGGCGGCACACAUUGACUUUGUUGGGGGACUUCACCGCUUUCCACAAGAUCAGAAAGUACUGAGACGAGUGAAGGGCAAGCAGGAUGAAGUGGCUGCUGAAUUUCACUUGGGAGUCACCCCAUCCAUUUUACGUCAAAGAUACAACCUGUCCACCAGUGAUAUCGGGACACAUCCGAACAACAGCCAGGCCUGUGCUCAGUUUUUAGAGCAGUAUUUCCAUCCUGAUGACCUCUCGGAGUUCAUGAGCCUGUUUGGAAGAAGUUUUGAACAUCGCUUGGAGGUGGAUCAUGUUGUUGGCCAGCAGGGAGGAGGACGGGCUGGUCUAGAGGCCAGCUUGGAUGUUGAGUACAUCAUGAGUAUGGGUGCCAACAUUUCAACCUGGGUGUUCAGCAAUCCCGGCCGCCACGAGUCUCAGGAGCCCUUCCUAGACUGGAUGUUAUUGUUGAGUAACAUGUCCUCUGUCCCUUGGGUCCAUACUAUCAGUUAUGGUGAUGAUGAAGACAGUCUGUCUGUGGCUUUUAUGCAAAGAAUCAACGUGGAGUUCAUGAAGGCAGCUGCUCGGGGCCUCACAAUCCUGUUUGCAUCAGGUGAUGAUGGAGCCGGUUGCAGACAAAUUUCCAAAGACAGAAAUGUCUUCCGUCCUAGUUUCCCAGCCUCCAGCCCUUAUGUGACUACGGUUGGUGGGACUUCUUUUAAGAAUCCAUUCCAGGUUACAUAUGAAGUGACAGAUUACAUCAGUGGGGGAGGAUUCAGCAAUGUUUUUCCAAUGCCUGACUACCAGGUUUCUGCAGUAUCAAAGUAUUUCACAUCCUCAGUGAAGAUGCCACCAGAGAGUUACUACAACGGCAGCGGACGGGCCUAUCCUGAUGUGGCAGCUCUGUCUGAUAACUACUGGGUGGUGACAAAUCGUGUCCCGAUCCCUUGGGUGUCAGGAACCUCAGCUUCCACUCCUGUGUUCGGUGGGAUUCUUUCUCUAAUUAACGACCAGCGGAUAAAGAGAGGUCUCUCGCCUUUGGGUUUCCUAAAUCCAGCACUGUAUCGUCUACAUGGGAAUGGCACCGGUGCUUUGUAUGAUGUCACAGAAGGAUGCCACAUCGCUUGCUUCGAUGACCAGGUUCUAGCACAAGGAUUCUGUGCAGCACCCAACUGGGACCCAGUGACUGGCUGGGGGACACCGAACUAUCCGGAACUACUGAAGUCAUUACUGUGAUAUCACUUCUAGAGCUACGGCCUCCAGGUGGACGCCUGACAAUCAAACUACUGAAAAAAAUUGGCCAGAAAUGAUAAUUGAUAAUUGUGUGUCUGUGGCAUUGUGUCUUCAGUACCUGUCCUGGUGGCGUGGCCUUUGGUGGAGUGAGGCGAUUUGUGAGAUGAGCGGCCGAGUCUGGUUAAUCGUUCAUGAGGGAUCUCUACAUACAAGCAGAGAACAAAUAACUGGGUCCUCGCUAAGCAGUAGGGUGCUACAUAAAUUAUUCCACACCAGUCAAAGUAAUUCUCCUACAAAACAACCCUCACACCCUGACUGAGGUGUGUGACCCCCUCCACCCAUGCCUAAUGGGGUAACGCACCCCAUCCGUGUCACCAUUCUCUUCCGUUACCGCCUCUGUAGUUCCCUAUGUCCACCCGAGUGAUACUAUUGAGAUACCUCCCUUAUAACGCACCUGCUACUCCGCCCUAGAAGCCCAGACUCUGCAAGCCCCAGUCUCCUCUCUGCACCUCCAUAUACUCAGAGGAGUUCCCGGAGUCACUUUGAGCUUUAUCUUGAUCUCAGGGAGUGCAGAUAUGCACAUCAUUGCGGUUCUUUAGUCUGUUGAUUGUAGAUAUUAUACUUUCCACAUUUCUGCUGAUCCAGGAUACCAGAGGGAACACAGUCAUGAAACCCUGACUAUGAGCCCAUGGAUAGGAGGAGGCCGGCCAGGAUUUGUGGUCUGCAUUCGAGGAUUUGUAUAUCUCAUACUGUUAUAUUAGCCACAACACGUGUACCAGCCAGUCCUUACUGCACGGCCUUCGUCACCAUCACUACUAACAGGACUUAUUGUAGAGGCCUGAAGAUGCCACAGGAAAUGCCGGCCCUCAAGGCUUUGACUUCUUUGCUUUUUUUGGAUUUGAGUCUAAUAAAUUUUUCGCUUUCUUA